GACAGUGCUGGUUGGGACAACGCGGCCGGAGCCUGGUCCUCCAGCCUCCACCGCGCCACCACACUCGCUGCAGGCCGCCUCAUCGAUCUUGCUGAAGAACUCAGACCCAUCACCGAGGCCUCUCGUGUGAUCGACGUCGGUGCAGGCACGGGCGCAGCAACUCUCGCCAUCGCAGCCAAGACUUGUGCCACAGACAUGACAGCAACAGACAUAUCGCAGUCCAUGCUCGAUAACAUCCACCUCCCACCUCCAACAACGACAUCAUCGCACCACGCAGCACCACACUCCUCCCGCACCCUGACCAGACAAACGGCAGAUGUCCACCACCUCACCAAAACUUUCCCCCCCUCGAAAAAGACUUACACUCAUACCUUCUCCAACCUGAUGCUUCACGUCCUCUCCGACCCCCUCACCGCCGUCCACCAAAUGCACGCCAUCACCGACCCCGCCGGCGGCAUCCUCGCCCUCUCCCUCACGGGAAAACCCAUCUGGAUGUACCACCUCUGGCAACUCGCCUGUCAAACCCUCGACCCAACCUUUCUCGUCCCCGACCUCUUCCCAACUCGCUGGUGCACGCCCCAAGAUCUCUCGCACGCCUUCCACGCCGUGCACGCGACUGACGUGCACAUUGAAACCUUUGACACGGAAUGGCCGUUUGCUAAUUCUACGGACUUCGUCCAUUGGUUCCGCGUCGGUGGUCAUCCGGGUAUUGAUUUUGCCGUGCAGGCGUGGAAGGGUGAUCGCGAGAUGGCUUUGGAGGCUUUGGGGAAAGUGCAUGAUGAGAUGAGGCAUUUGUUGUGUUUGAGAACUGUCCUUGGGGUUGGGAGGGUGUAG